AUGGCAACGUUACAAGAAGAAGUCAAAAGUACAACUGUCGAGAUGAACAAGAAAAGGUGGAAAGGUGUUUGGGAAGGAAGUGAAGCCAUUGUUUUGGUCAGACGAGUGCUGUUUUCUAAACGUUUGGCAAGCGAGUGUAAGCUUACCAGUUUCAAGUGCGGGCCAAAGUUAUUCAGUCAAGUUGAUUUCAGUAGUUCUACUCUUCUCGCAGUUGUUCGUAUACCGGCGUCUGUAACCGACGAGUUGCCAUCGUUGUUCAGGUUUUUCCACCAUCCUCGUUGCCUCCUCUCUUUCUUCAAGGAUUCUAUCAUGGCCGUCUCUGACCAUCCUGCAGGUGUCCCGGUUGCCAGCCUCCUGCUCAUUCAUUCUCUAUUGUUAACUGACUGCAAUGGUCAGGGCGUCACUCUAACUGCAGCUCCUACAGGACAAGUAACAACAUUCGAAGUGACAUUUGGUGAUGGACAACCUACAGCAAGUGUUAUCGAUUACUUACCUAAAUGCAAAGUGGGCAGUGGAUCAGGACCAUUCAUUCGACUAGAGAAGACUGAUGGUAGUCUAGUGUGGGCUGAGUUAGGGUCCUUCAAAGGUUAUUUCUACGGCAUCAACACUGAACAGGAAGCAAGUUGA